GAAAACCCCUCUCUCCGAGUCGCUUUCUUACGGCGCGCCAGUCUCUCGGUACCUGAACGCUGCGAGCCUUCUCCUUUCUGUCGGCCUCGUGCAGGAGCUCCCCUAACCGCGCCGCCGCCGCUCGUAACCAGCCGCGAAACUCCACUGCUCGCGACGUCGAUCCUCGAAGUCCUUUCUCCGUUCUCCUUUCUCUCCUGAUCGUGCUCGCGGUCUCCUGGUGGAGAGUCGACUACCGACGUCACACUCAAGACUCUCCUUUUUUUUUUGUCUGGUUGCGUUCUUCGCUUGCUGUCUGCUUGCGGUCGCCACAAUCCCAAUUCAAGUAACUCAGUCGGGGACUUUCCCUUCUUCCCCAUCUGCCCUUUUGUCAGGGCACUGACUUCCAGCAGCAUUAUCUGGUUGCACCUCACCGGAGACGGAGCUUCAGGGAGCUGGCAUAACAUUGCAGCUAGCUAUAUCGCAGACCAUCUGUUGACAGUAGCUCUCAAAGAAAAUUCAACAGAUAAUACCUCAAAGAAGCAAGAUGCUGAAAACAGUUGCCCAAAAGAAAGGUUUCAAGAGGCAAAAGGUCCCAGAGAAGUGUAACAUUGAGAAGAAGUUGAGAACAUCCGAUCCCCUAUAUUCAACAAACAAUGAGCCUAAUUUGGGUGCUGCUGAAGGAAAUGAUGCAUGUGAUGCUACUCUUGUCAAUCACAAUUGUACAAAUGAAUAUAAAUAUGAGGGUCGAACAUGUGAUCUUCAAGAUUCUCAAAUUCUGGAAAGGGAGCCAGCGAUUGAUGAUGAACCAACCAGCACAAGCUCUUUUCAACGUCAUGUGGGCCUUAAUCUUACUAGUGAAGAGGUUGAACAAUUACAGCAAAAGCAAUGGAAAUUUAAGUGGGAGAUUCCUGUUAGAGACAAGCCAAUGACUAAAUGUGUUGGAACUGGGGACCCUAUUUUACCGGAGGCAGCCAAUGAUCUAGUUAAAGGGCUUAAUCAGAAGCUGCAUAACCAUUGGAUGAGCAUCUGUAAAACUUCUGGGCCAAAUAUCUUUAGUUCACCUAUGCAGGGAUUUUUCUUCUCCUUGUGCAAUACAUAUCGAGAUAUACUGCACUGCAACAAGCAGCCAUUUUACUUAAAAGGCAAUGAAGAGGAUUCAAGUAUCAUGGAUGCAUAUAUAAUGCAUGCCCUGAAUCAUAUUUAUCAGACUAGAGAUGUCAUCAUUAAAAAUGAUGCACAGCUAGCGAAGCAUGAGGAAGAGAAAAUGAAAGAGAUCCUUUGUGGUGACACUUACUUGGAUCAAGGUUUUACUCGUCCUAAGGUUUUGCUCUUAUUGCCACUUGGGAGCAUUGCACUGCGUGUUGUGAAGAGGAUAAUUGAACUUACUCCAAUAUCAAACCAAGCUAAUGCAGAGCACGUCGACCGUUUCACCGAAGAGUUUGGAGCCGGCGAUGAAGAAGAAGAUGAAGAGGAAGAGGCAAGUUUGAAAUCAAAGAGGACUGCAAAACCUGAAGAUUUCAAAGCUUUGUUUGGAGGAAACAAUAACGACCACUUUUUGCUAGGCAUAAAAUUUACGAAGCGAAGCAUUAAACUUUACAGUGAUUUUUAUUCUUCAGAUAUUAUUGUUGCAUCUCCGUUGGGGCUCAUUACUAAAAUUGGGGAAGCAGAGGCUGAAAAAGAAAAAGAUGUUGAUUAUUUGUCCUCAAUUGAGGUAUUGAUCGUUGAUCAUGCAGAUGUGAUAUUAAUGCAGAACUGGUCCCAUUUGAACACUGUAGUUGAACAGUUGAACUGCACACCAUCUAAGCAACAUGGAACUGAUAUCAUGCGGAUCAGACCUUGGUAUCUGGAUGGAAGUGCUCGCUUUUAUCGACAAACAAUACUCUUGUCUUCUUUUCUUAAUCCAGAUAUGAACGCUUUAUUUAGUCGACUUUGUCUAAAUUAUGAGGGGAAGGUUAAGUUAAUCAGUGAGUACGAAGGUGUUCUUCCUAAGAUAUUGCUUCCAGUACGGCAGGUUUAUGAACGUUUUGAUGCUAAGUCACUUGUCGAUGCUGAUGAUGCACGCUUGGAAUAUUUCUGCAAGAAGGUCUUCCCUAAGUUGAAGGAUUCAAUUGAGGGUGGAACAAUGUUAUUUAUCAAUUCCUAUUUUGAAUUUGUGCGGAUACGCAAUUUCUUAAAAGCUCAAAAUGCUUCAUUCUGUUUGCUCGGAGAGUAUACGAAGAUAAGUGAUAUAUCCCGUGCACGGCUUUGGUUUUUUGAAGGCAAGAGAAAGAUUAUGCUUUAUACUGAAAGAGCACAUUUUUACAAUCGAUUCAAGAUUCGUGGUGUGCAAAAUAUGAUCAUCUACUCUUUGCCGGAGAGAAAGGAGUUGUACCCUGAGCUUAUCAAUAUGCUAAAUGAUUCGAAAGAUAUGAUCUGCAACAUACUUUUCUCCCGUUUUGAUAAACUCAAGUUGGAAAGGAUCGUUGGGACAGCAGCUGCAAAUAGACUGUUGUCAUCAGAUAAAAGUAUCUUCAUCUUUUGCUAAUCAUACUGACUUUUGGGAGAAUUAAGGAGGGCUGUUUGUUCAAUUGUUCAUUUCGAUAUUUAUUUACUUUUCUUUUCUUCCUUUUUUACAAGAGGAGAGGAAACACAAGAUCAUGAUUAUUUUUGUUCUGAUUUGUGCCAAGAGCUGUAUCAAUUUUGACCCUGUUGUAUGCCAAAGAUCGACUUUGAUUGUUGCAUCACAAUUCCUUUAUUAUUGAAAAAGAAUAUUAAAAA